AAUCAAAACCCUCCAUUUUUAUUAAUGUUAGUGCUUAGCAUGUGCCAUGGGCACACACUAGCCAAACCGAUUUAUUAUUGCACAGGUGACUUGGAAUUUAAAGAAGAUGGUGAGAGUACUAAAGAAGAGGCUAGUAGAGUGGCUGACCAUUAUAGUGCAAGAAGAAAUCACACUUUGGAAGAAAGAGAAGCCAGUCCUAUCAUCCAUUUGAAGAAACUCAAUAACUGGAUUAAAAGUGUCCUGAUUCAGCUUUAUGCGCGUAAAGGGGAUGCUGUGCUUGAUCUUGCCUGUGGCAAGGGCGGUGAUCUGAUUAAAUGGGACAAGGCAGAAGUUGGAUAUUAUGUGGGCAUUGAUAUAGCUGAGGGCUCUAUAGAAGAUUGCCGUACACGGUACAAUGGUGAUGGCCAUCUCAGUUGGAAAAAGUUCACUUCUCGCCUUCUUUGUGCAGACUGUUUUGAGGUUCAACUAGAUAAAGCGUUAGCAGAUGAUGCACCUUUUGAUAUAUGUAGUUGCCAGUUUGCGUUGCAUUAUUCAUGGUCUACUGAGGCACGGGCGCGACGGGCCCUGGCAAAUGUUUCGGCGUUACUUCGGCCAGGAGGCAUCUUCAUCGGAACAAUGCCAGAUGCCAAUGUUAUCAUCAAAAAGCUCAGAGAAGCUGAAGGGCUGGCCUUCGGCAAUAGUGUGUACUGGAUACGUUUUGGUGAAGAAUACUCAGAAAAGAAAUUCAAAUCAACAAGUCCCUUCGGUAUAAAGUACAAAUUCCAUCUAGAGGAUGCUGUUGAUUGUCCAGAAUGGAUUGUUCCCUUUCAUGUUUUUAAGUCGCUGGCAGAGGAGUAUGAUCUGGAACUGGUUUUUGUAAAAAAUAACCAUGUCUUCGUUGAGGAGUAUCUAAAGGUGCCAGAUUACUUAGCACUUAUGAGGAAACUUAAAGCCCUGGGUGCUGGGAAUGAGGACCAAGGUACACUCUCACCAGACGAAUGGGAAGUGGCGUACUUAUAUCUGGCUUUUGUCCUGAGGAAGCGAGGCCAACCAGAACAAACGCAAACAAGCAGUAAAAAAGACAGAGGCAAACUGCACAUAAAGAAAGAAGACAUUACAUACUUGAAGGCGAGAGCAAAUGGAACAGGACAAGAAGAGGGAAUCGAUACGACAGAAGCCAAUUGCACCUAAUGAACAAAGAUAUUACAUUCUUGAAUAGAUGAACUCUAUUCACUUGAUUGGUUUUCUGUUUUUGUAUCAGCUCCUUUAAUCGUAGUGAAAAAGUGCCAGAGGCAUAAAAAUACAAAGCCGAAGAGAUGUGGGAAAAGCCCCACAGAUAGCGUACUUCAUCUAUGAAUCACAAGUUAAUACUUUGGGAGCGCUGAUAAUGAUAGCAAAACUACCAAUGAAAUAGGCGAAUGUUGUGAACCGAAUUUAAAUUUUGAAGCCGUGGUCUGGAUUUUGGAAAAUAUUUGAUAGAUAUUAUGGUAGCUCAUAAUAAGUGAUCUUUUAUUUGAAU